AUGCACUCAGAAGCAGCCAACGUUCUUUCAGGAAUCGGCAAGCUUGGAAGUAUGGUUAUAGAACACUUAAAUACAGCUUUGUUUUAAUUUAUCAUAGGUUAACGUGUUCUGAAGCAUGUUUGUAAGGUCUUAAAGUAACAUUUCACUGAAUCAUGAUAACCUCGUCGUUCAGGGGAGAAGGGACAUUAAGUUGUUAUUAGAGUUGGCACGAGAGGGAAAACUUGAUCGUUAAAAAUGCGAGGGGGAGAGCAAUUGUAAAAUAACUCAAAUUCUUGGAUGUAUCAAUAGUACAAUCAUGACGCAUGUUAUUGUUGAUGGGCUUGCAACUAAACAAUUCAAGUGGACCAAGAGCUGAUUGAAAUUUACUUAACUGUUAAAUUUUAAUGGAAACUGGCUGCUCAUCUCGAUACGAUCAAAACCAUUGUACCAGAAUGGUUUCACCCACAAAAAACAUUUUACAACAUAAUUCAAAAGCACCUGAGCAAUUAUACUUAAACAAUUAUUUGCCUCAGGCUCAUUGAAUAUUGUUCAAUAAUUCCCUUGCUUUUUGGGAUCAGUAUUGGGAUUAUUCAACAAUAUUCACCUCGCCUUUGGGCAAAUUGUUGUGGAAUAUUGUUGACAGAUGCACGGAUGAUGUCAUCACAAUAUUUUUCAUUUUUGUCAUAUAAACAAGCAGAUGUGAUAUUGCUGUGGGUCUCAGUACAGUAACAGAUCACAGAAGACAUCAAAAUGUGGUGAGAACAUCAAUGACACACUCAGCUGUGCCAAUUUUUUGUUCUUAUCAUAUUUUGACGACAUCUGUGACCUACAUGUAUCAUUACACAGAGGCAUGACAACAUGGAAUCUACUGGUAAUUAUGCUCAGGAUGUAGAGAGACUGUGAGACUCUCUAAGUGUCAUGCCCAAGACCAUAACAAAAUAAUCUGACCAGGUCUUCCACCCAGACCUCUGAACCCAGAAUCCAGUGCUCUAACUGAUAAGCCUCUGGAUCUCCCACUUUUUUUGUAUUUUGCCAAGGGCUUUACUGAUAUUUGAUGUGACAGUGAUUUAAUAGAAGAAUUAGUAGAUAGGUAUGGAUUAAAUGGGAAAAAUUGAGAAGAAAAACAACAUUAUUGUCAUUUUUUGUAGGCCAGCAGAAGAGUUCUGAAGGUGGCAAAAAAGGCUAUACUCAAGAGAAAGACCCUCUCUUGGUGGAUAAGGCAACACUACCUGUAGGUGUUCCUGGAGUGUAUUUGUAGUUGAGGGGGUUAUUGGACCAAUAAUUUUAAAAAGGUUUAUAGAUGGCUACAUGAGACAAGCAGAGCAAUGAGUAUAAUUUACACAUGUCUGUGAACAUUUUGUACAGGGUUCUAAUUUUUACUGGUUCUGGUUUCCCUAAUGGGAAGAUGAAACUCUUGGUUGAUAAAUUUUUAGAGAAAGUUGCCAAUUUUGGUGACCAUGCAUUGAAGAUGUUCAGUAUUGUAAAAAAUGUCCUGUUUUGUCAUGUUUGUUUUGUGUUGUUUUCUCAGAGAAGUUAGGGAGAUUCUGAUUAGAGUGGGAAAAGUUAUUGUAGACACAGUGACAAACAAUUUUCUAAGAGUUUAAUUGGCAACUUAAAAAGUUAUUUCUGCCAAUCAUCUUAUAAUUUUAAGACCCCAGAAGGAGAAAUUAAAAAAGAUAGUUGAGCUUGGAGCCCUGCUCAAUGGCACACUUAACUUUGUGUUUGAACAAUAUUACUGAUUUAUUCUUUUGUUAUAGACAGGUAUUUUUGCUGUUCAUGUGUUUGGCUGCCACAAUUUGUACCUUGAUGCAAACUUCCCCCCUGAACACUUUGGAAUAUAUGUCCAAAUAACAGUUGGCUUAAUUACAAAAUGUACUUCACUACAGUUUCCUUUCAAAAAAGGCUGUGUGGUGUGGGAUGAGAUCAAGAAUUUCUCUGUUAUUGUAAGUGCUACAUCUGUUUCAAUGAGUUAAAGUACUUCUUCUGCAUUUUUCCCUCUCCAAAAUUCUGUGAGCAUGUUAAUUCCAGGUUGUUGUAGUCAUGUACUUUUACUGGUAUCUAUACUUUCAUUUUCUGUUAUUCGGUACUCAAUAAGAUCAUCUGUAAAACAGAAUACUUUCUUUUGGUUAAACCUUUAACUCCUAUAACCAACCAAAAUAAAUUCUGUCAUUACAGUAUCAAUACCAUAUCAAGCAAACAAGUGAUGAAAAUUAAGAAAAAUAUCAAUAAAAGGAUUAUUUAACAAAUGUAGAAGCAAUCCUUGCAAUUAUGAAUACUACUUAACUGGUAGUGAAAAUAUGGCCUGAAAAAAUUCAGGCCCAUAUGGGAUUUGAACCCAUGACCUAGCAAUACUGGUACAUUGCUCUACUAACUGAGCUAACAAGCCAAUUGGGAGCUGGUCAUUAUGUUGGUAACAAAUAAAACCUCCAAAUGGUGAAUACAUGACUGUAAAUAUAUGAAAAACAUAUAAUUAUGUGCAUUGUGGUUGAAGAAACAAACAUAGAAGCGAUCCUCGCAGUUAUGAAUACUACUUAACUAGUAGUGAAAAUAGAGGCUGAAAAAACAUUCAGGCCCAUAUGAGUUUUGAACCCCAUGACCUCUGUGAUACCAAUGCAUGGGUUCAAAUCCUGAACAGACCUGAAUUUUUUUUAGGCCUUUAUUAGCGAUUAGAUAAGUAGUAUUCAUAACUGUGAGGAUCACUUCUAAAUUUGUUUCUUCAACCACAGUGCACAUAUAUGAUUUUCAUAUUAUAUACAGUCAGGGAUUAUUUAAGUUGAUCCAAAACCAAUUUCCAAGCCAACAUCAAAAGAAGUGUAUGACAGAUAGUAAGACGAACGAUUUCAGAUCUCAGGAGUGAAAGAGUUCAUUCAAUUAAUUGUAGCACUGUGAUAUAUCAAGAGCCUCGUAAUAAGUAUUUGUAAUGAUCAUUGUGUUUAUAUUUUUACCUGAGGUCUCUCCCAAAGCAACAAGUUUGGUAAAUGAAGUUAACAUUGCUGUCCUGGGGUUUGACAAACUGCAGCCAAUUCCAAAACACAAACUUCUUGGCAAAACUGAGUUUCACAUGCACAAGCUAGCUAAGGUGUGUGAUUCAAGGUAUCUAUUAAAAAAAGAAGUUUGCAUAUCAUGAAAUUUUUCAUUGUGAACAGUGUACAUACUUUUCAAAUUGUGUAAGAUACAGUGAUCUAUUAUGAUGCAAUGAUCAAAUGACAGCAUUUAUUAUAAAUUUAAGGUUGAUUUUUAGGCCAUAAAAGUAAAAUUAUUUUAUCAUUUUUAACUUGUAGAAACAAUGGUCCAUGGAGACAUUUGAGUUACAGAAUAGACAAAAAAAGGUAGAGUAAGUUCUUUGUUAUUAUUAGGAUAGAGGUAUAAUCAGCUAUUUUGUGUUGACUCUUGUACUAUACAAAAUUGGAUAUUAUUUAUCUGUGUGACAUGUUUUUAUAUGCAACUUUGGGCAAAAAUAUUUCACGUAGUGUUCAUAGCCAGGUUAUUUCUGAGAAAAAUAAUUGUAACAAUGAACUUUGCUAUCUUGUGUAAACCAGAAACACUGGAUUGGACCUGAGAAAGAUAGAUAUAGUGUGGCUUUAUGAGUAGAAGAUAUUUAGGAUUGAGAAUGAAGUGCCAGUUCUGCUGGAAACUUUAACCUCAAAGCAAAUUGACUAUUGUAAAGUAUAAACUAAGUUAAGGUUUGUCUACUUGGCUGUCAUACUCUGUUAGAUUUCCUAGAUCAUUUUUGGCCAAUUUUCUUAACCUUUGAUUAGUUAACAGGGCAGGAAACUGGAGCCGUCAAAAUGAGACUAGGACAGAUAACUUUUCUAUUUGGUCUAGGAAAAUUGUAAUCUCACUUGUCUGAUUGGAUUUCCAAAAAUAGGGGAAAAACCUCUUUUUUGUUAGCUGACUUUGGACUAUAGGAUAUGAUACUGUAUUUCAACAUGAUUUAUAUGUUUGCUACCCAUAAAAAUAAUUGCUGCUUACAGAUAGUAAAAGAACCAUAAUUCUGUGUAGUCACAUGUGUUUGAUUACGUUAUGCAAAGUGUGGCUAUUAAAUUCCAAGUGAAUCCUGUUUUUUACCCAGUAGUCAUUCUUAUCAGGUUUUUUCACAAAUUUUAAACUUGUGAUCUAGAUAAGCACUAUCAUGUGACUCUUCUGAAGGAACAAGUGAGUUGAAAAGAAAGUUUCUUGCCCUGCUUUAGAAUGAAUUCCAAGCAUUUCAGUGCUUCUAGCAUCAGGUGACAAUUAGGCUGGUACAGACAGACAUGAGUUAAAUACCAACUGAAAAAUAUUGAAUUCUAUUUUCACAGUAUGCUGGAGAUCUCCAAUUAGAGCUUGCCUUUGCUUAUGGUUUCUAUGGUUAUGGCUUGUGUGAUCAGGUACAUGUACUAGGUAGCCUCUUGUUUUAAAUUUAGUGUGAAUAUUAAUUGUAUAGAAUGACAAUUAGUACCAAAAUCUAGCAAUUUUGUAGAUGUUCUUACAUGCAUUAGGCUGUUGCUAAUGAACAUUCAUUUAAAAUUGAUUUUUUACUGGAAAUAUAACUUAGUCUGCACUACUUACCAUGAUAAUGUUACUUAUUUCACUAAAAAUACUAACAACUGUUAUGUAUUGCUUACAAUACUAACAUUUCUUACUUAAUUUACUUGUUUAUUUAAUAUAUUUUACAUACCAAUUGCAAAUGAAUGCUAACAUUAUUUAUUAACACAACUGAAAUUACUAACAAAAUUUACAUUGCCAUUAAUGCUUAUUUAACAUGACUAGGAAGUCUACAUAUUUAUUAACUAACUAACAACACCAGUUUAUACACAAUACUUGUGGCAAACAAUAAUUAUUUCCUGUUCAGCUUACUUUUCAUAGAGCAGCAAGGCUGUAUUCCAGACUAAAGUAUCGCUGUAAUGAGCCAAGAGUUUGCCAAGGGGUUGGGAAUUGGUUCAGCUGGACUCUUUACGCUAAAAUUACUGGUCUUUCAAGGCCCUAACCUCCACUACUUAUCAUACUUAUGUUAUGCAAAAGGGAUCAUUGUAUAAUAGAGGCCAGUGACUUGCACCAUAGCUUCAGCUGACUACAAAACCUUCCUAUUUAAUGAAUAAAAUUUGCCUUAAAAACAUAUUAUAUUAUAGCUGGAAAGUCAUCAUCCACCCAGAUAUUAUUUACAACAAAGUGCAUUUCCACACUUGGAACUUGCCCCACGUGGCUCAGGCAACAGUUCAGGGUAGUGUACAGAUGAACUUAAGAUAUAAUUGUAGAUAAUGAGUGUAGCUUUAUUACUGGAGAAGGUUUAGAGUAGAAUGGAUCCCAAAAUUAGCUAGCAAUGGUUUCUUUAGUAUGGUCAGUAUAGAUAUGAAUAGUUCAAGAUUGUGCUUUUGGUGAACCAGAAAGACAGGCUGAGCUCAAAAUUUGCCUUCUUAUAAAUGAUAGACUCUGACAUUUCUGUUACCAGUUUUUUAAGGAGGCUGGUGAGAAAUGAACUUGGUAUAUGACCAAGCUGGCAAGCAGUUUAUAGAACUAAAGAAGACAAACAAAUUAACUGUCUGUGGCCGUAAGUCAGUGUAACAUCCUACAAAAUAGAAAAAUUAUCACAACUGCAGUUCAAAUCCUUUUGGAGCUGUACUCUGAUUUUUCCUCAGUCCCAUACUCCUGAGACAUAUCAGUGCAUUCCUGGAAUAAAUGUUUUGUUUUUCCAAACACUCUCAACAGCUGGACUGACAUCUGUUACAUUGCUAAAUCAUUUGCUGUUGUUGGUACUCUCUUGGGUUUAGCAAAUACAGUUCUAAAUUAACUUGCACAACUUUUUUUAUAUAUAAUUUCAUUCUUGUUAUACAGUAUUUUGUAUGUUUUAAAUUCUAAUUUUCAAUGUGUCAAAUGAAAUUUGGUCAAAAACACUCCCCCAUGCCUUGAUUUAAUUACACACAGCAUUUGAAAUUCAAUAUUUCAACUGUUAUCCACAUCCACAUGAAACCUGAGCCAUUCCCAAAAGCAACCACCACAUUUGGUAAAGCAUCUUGUUUGGUUAUUUCAGAAUUAAUUUUACUCCUACAAAAGUGCCACACCCAAGUAUGAUCACUUUCAAAGAGAAAAUCAUAGACUUGGAGCCAGAAUUCAGCCCAUAUUAUAGUAAGUUUGUAGGUACCCCUGUGAGUCAUGAGUGUUAUUAUCUCUUAACCCUUUAACUCCCACGAUCUGCUUGUUAAUUCUCCCUUUUCGUUGCUGCACAUUUUUCUUAGUUUAGCUGAGAAAAUUUGGUGUUACAUCAUAAGAACAACUUGUACCUAAUGAGUUUGAGUAUCUAAUCACCUGUUUACUGCAUAAUGUGUGAUUUAUUCAGGGAGAAGUUACUUGUCAAUCAUAUCUAGAAGUAAGAGUUAAGAAAGGUUACAUGGUGUUCUUUAGCAACAAAACACUAUAAGGUCUGAUUAUUUAAAUAAUGUUUAUAUGUUGUUUAACAAAACCAUGCUCUAAAAAUCCUCAAUUUAGCUGAACCUUUUAUGUUAAAAGUUAUUUUUGUUCAAAAUGUCAAGAGGGCUGAAAGCCAACAGUGGAGGGACAUCUAGAGAAAGCUAAAGUUAGGCAAAAAAACUACAAUCUUUGGAUCUUAACUAAUUAAAACACUUAUAAAUAUUGACCUUCCUUGCAGCUAAAACAAACUUCAUGCCAACUGACAUCAAGUCAAGACCUCGACUUCGGCAAAAUAUGACAAGGUAAAAACACAUCGAUGUAUAGUGACUGUCAUAAAAAUACACCUCUGUAUAAGUGUUAAGAAAUGCCAGGGAUUGAUUUAGGAUUUUCUAUUAACGAUAUAUUGGUACAAGUACAUGUUUGUAUAAUAACUGCUUUAUUAGAGCAAUGUGGAAAUGUUAGCCCACAUGAGGGUUAACACCUUCUAGUAUUGUAAAUAUUGUUUAUACUGUACUUUGUGCCAACAUUAUUCUAUGGCUUUUUGAUUCACAUAUUUCAAUGAUCUUCCAUGGGGGCACCUUUGUGAAACAUGGUAAAGAACUUGUUCUUUCUUUGAUUCUCUCAGUUUUUGGAAUUUUGGUUUUGUUUUGUACAUUCUCUAGUUGGUUAUACAGUUGAGGAACAGCUGAUUAUCUUAGCUGUAUCACAGGAAUUAGCGUAGUUCUUUAAUAUUAUUUUAGAUUGAGUCAGAUGUAUUCCGAGUAUUCUCAAAUGACCUCAAGAAGUAAGAGAAUCAGCUAUUUGGAAAGGCUUCUUCAGGAGAAGGUUUGUUGUGUGAAGAACUAAACUGAAACAUGUUUUCUUAGUUAUUUUCUUAAGUUUUUCUUAGCAACUUCAAAACAUCAUCUCCUUUGGCUCAUGAGGCAAUUUUUACAUUUAGGACAAAAAAAUAUAUUUUAGAAUUCACAACAAAGCCAGAGUGACUAGACUCAACAGUGCUAAUAAUUGACACAUAAAAAAGCAAGAAAUGUAAGAUGCAAAGAAGAGGAAAAAUUCUUAUCUUACCUGUAAUAAUCUUUAUUGAACUAAUUGCUGACAGAUAAGUGGAGGAUAGCUGAUUAGGAAAUUCUGGUACCCAAAAGUUACAAGCACUAAGUACCAUUUACAGCUUUGAUUAACUAGAAGACAUUGAUAACCCUAGUACUAACCAAGCCUAUCACCAAACUUCAUUUAAUUCUUGAUUAUAAAUCUUCAAACCUUGAACACCCAUAAUCAAACUUUGACAGAAAAAUGGAAGACAUAACCAAGGUUUGUGAAACAACCAUUUGGGUAGUGUUCCUGUUUGUUUGUUAUUUCCUUGGUCUUUAGGAUAAACAUGGUGCUGUAACUGGAGACCAAGAGAGUGACUCUGACUUGACUGAAGAAAAUGUUGGUGAUGUAACUCAGUUUGGUCUGACAGAAGCACUUGCUCAGAUGGCAAAUUUGACCUUCUCGGCCACAACACCUGGUAAGCUAUUUUCUGUUAGUCUUCAGUUUUUUCAAAGAUCAAAUCAAUUUUCAAUUAAUUUUUUUGGAUAUGUUAACUGUACCAUUAGUCUGCUUUUGAAGAUAUCAUUUUACUUGUUUAGUAGAAAAUAGGUAUUUUGUAAUCCUUCCUCUGUAUCUCAUUAGUUGCUUAAGUCUUAAUUGAGCAUAAAUUGCAUUAGUGUGGUAGUACAAGAUGUUCAACAAUUAAAGGUUCAUACCUUUCAAGCAAAUUUGAUUAAAGCCUUUGACUCCUAUGAGUGACCAAGACAGAAUUCUCUCCUUGUAAUGUCAAUAUUAUAUCAAGCAGACAAGUGAUGAGAGUAACGAAAAGUACAAUUAGGGGAAUUUUAGUUUAUCCAUUACCAAAUUUUUCAAACCAAAAUCAUAACAUUGUGACUGAAAAUCCUUGUUGAGGGGAGUCUCAAUAAAGUUUGUAUGUAUGUAACAAUUGUAUAGCAGACAAUAGGGAGUGAAAGGAUUUUACAGGGACCAUGGUACACUUCUGCAACAAGAACAUUCAACUAUUUGCCCAAUUUUCUUCGAUAAUUCUCACCUAGCUUGGAGUUUUAGAGAUAAUUCAUCUGACACUGGUCACUAGUUUCCUUAUUGUAGUCUUGCUUAUUUCAUAACUGAUACAAGAUGCUGAGAAGCAGAUGUCUCAAGGUUCACCAGCUGUUGAUGAAGUAUCAGAGGUAUUUACACCGUUGUAUCCCGUUCGAUCCAAAUUCGUAUUUUUUCUUCCUUUUCAACAUGGUGUGGUGGGAGGGGGGGCUACUGAUUCAUAUUUGUGAUUGUGAAACUCACAAUUUGACGUAUUUGCUGGCACAUGUUCCUAAACCCCUUUCUCUCAGGUGUGCUGUACUUCUCUUAUAGAGACUUCCUGUCUAUUUUUGCCUUUUCAGUUGCGUUUUGUUGUUUGGGACUUUUAGGAUCGGGUCUAAACACUUGUGAUGUUCUUUGUAUUCGCUGUCCGGUAUGAGCUCAGUAUUAAGGGUGUCAUACCGUAUGGGUCCUGUGACACAUCUGUUUAGUGAUAACCUACAGUGGAGCUUUCCAUAUGCAAGUUUGAGGAGGGCAACAAAAGCGUUCAUUUCAGUUUGGGGGAAAUCAUUAUUUUAGUAUUUUUAAACUAAGAAUUCGAUAAAAUGUGCCUGAUAUUUCAUCUUAUCAUAGAAUAGUGAAAGCGUGGAGAUCCAUAUGGGUUUGGUUUUGUCGCUGAUAGAGUAAAAAUUGAGGAGAUUCAAUUCCAAACUGCAGUUGAUCACUACCUCAAUUUAGUCAUAAAAAAAGCCACCAUUACCGAAUCUCAAAUGUCUCUACCUGCACUGUUUGUCGUGAAAUUUGCUAUCGAUUCGUUUAAUGUGAUACAGAUGGACGCAUCACCAGAUGAUGAUACGCAAGACAUAGACAAUGAAGACUAUAUUAAGGUAGCUGCCGCCGCUCGUGGUCGCCGAUCAGCUGUUGAUGCGCGUAGGCCAUCGCAGAAAAUGAGACCAAGUAUAGACAGACGACCUACAUUCUAAUGUAGCUGGUUCAUGAUUUCGUCGUUCUCUUUCGCGGUAACCUCUGGAUUUCCUCCUUUAAACAACGGUCCAGAAAAUGGCAUUAAAAAAAAAGCAAACCAUCGACGUCGAAUUAUUGUAUUUCGGUUGUAUUUUUAAAGACGUUUUUAAAAGGAAAGAAUCGUUUAUAAAAUUGCUGUGGCUUUUUUCAGUGUUAAACUGCAUAAAUAAUUCUAUUUAUGUUCAAUUUUUCAAUUUGGC